UUCCACCAUCCACUCUCUCUCUUCAUGACUUUUCUCAUUUUUCCCUACUAGCUCUUUUUUCUCUGUCUCUGGUUAGCUUCUUCUGUUCUAGUGCUAUAGAUAGUCCUUUGUUUUUAUUAAAGCCAAAGUGCCCUACAAAUCAAGGGUAAGUUGUCCUUAACAGUAGACUCUUGGAGUUUGUGUUGGGCCUCGAGUAGACACCCAAGCUUCCAAGGAUGAAGGACAGUGGGAGGAAACAAGGUGCAGCCUCACCAUGCGCAGCAUGCAAGCUUCUAAGAAGGAGGUGUGCUCAGGAUUGUGUGUUUGCUCCUUACUUUCCAGCAGAUGAGCCCCAGAAGUUUGCCAAUGUGCACAAGGUGUUUGGUGCUAGCAAUGUCAACAAAAUGUUACAGGAGUUGCCCGAGCGCCAUCGAGGAGAUGCGGUUAGUAGCAUGGUGUAUGAAGCCAAUGCUCGAGUUCGAGACCCAGUGUACGGGUGUGUCGGGGCCAUAUCAUCUCUGCAACAACAGAUUGAUGUGCUUCAGACCCAGUUGGCUAUAGCUCAGGCCGAGGUGGUGCACCUCCGGGUGCGUCAUGCCGCAUCAGGCCAAGCCAUUAGCCCAACAAGCAGUGGCUCACCCUCUUCUAAGGUUAUGGGUUCAGAAAGCAGGCCCAUCUUUGAUAUGGACAUGGUAGUAGACCAGGUCAGCUUGGGAGAGUCAUUGUGGUCAUGUCAGCUUAAUGGCUAGUCCUAAAAUUACCCUUCUGUCCUUUACUAUAUGUUUCACUCCUAAAAUUUUUACUAAUACGUUUCCACAAGAGCAAUGGUGUAGCUAGCAACGUGGUGGUCCUGUUGGCAGCAAUAGUAGUAUGAGCCGUGGCGGAGGCCAUUCAUUUAUGAUGUAAAGAGAGUCUCUGUAAUUGACAAUAUUGCAUAUAUAUGGCUUUAAUUUUAUAUAGAGGGCGUUUAUAUAGUAGCUUUUGUAAUUUUUUUUUUUUUGGGGAAGAAAGGGAGGGGCGAGUUGAACCAUUGAUUUCAAGAAAAUAAAGUCUUCACAAACAAAUGAGUACCAUUGUACCAAAGACCCAUUGAUAGUAGC